CAUUGAGAUUGCUGGCUAUGCCAAGAGCAAGAAAUACUAUGAAUACGAACUGAGUUCUCGUUUUAGACUAUCUACUUGGAUGGAUGCCACCCAAAUCUGGUCGAGCUCGGGUGCUGCCAUCGGAUCGGGGCAGGGACCUUGUGCGGCGCGGUGGUGUUGCCUUUGACGCUGCAGUCGUCAAUGCCACUCAGGGGGUGCCGAGUGUUGGGUCGGUUGCCCUGGGACUUCACGAUGAUGAUGACGAUGACGGCGUCAGCGGUGCCGAAGGGCUGACCAAGACACGAUGCAUGAUGAGUGAUGAGCGGUUUCUCCAUCCCAUGUCCUGUUCUGUGUUUACUUUGAGCUCGGCUCCAGCAAUUAGGGCGACACAAUACUGGCGCUUCCCACAGCCAAAAGGAGGUUCGUCUCAAAAUAGUCCUUGCUUUCUUUGAUGUUUAUGGGGAACACGUCCUAUUUUCUCUGGCCAUCUCACCACUAAAUUAACUACAACUUAUUUAGAUUCUGAAUAAGUUAACAUUAGGUUUAAAGUAUAAUAACUGCAGUAAAGUUGAUCGAUUCUUCUAGAGCGGAAGCUACAGUCUGAUGAAAACU